CAUAAACAAAACAAUCGGUUCGUACUACGUGCACACUUUCCGAAUCGAAUCGGCUUUGGUCAGCUGUGUUUUAAUAGUUUCCGUCUUCGUAUUUAAGUAGUGAAAAUGUUUAUUAAGCCGUACAAAAUAAAGUCAAACAUCCUCGUGACGGGAUCCGAGAAGAAAAGGCUGCGGCAAAGGGUAAUGGCCCAAUUUAAUCGAGUGGACGACGAAUCGACGACGUCACCUUUGGCCGAGCUGUUCGGCAACCGGACGAAAGUGUGCACAGUGAAACUAAUAACCUACCACGACGAACCGGUCACGGUGUAUACCAGCGAUAAGCGGCCGAUCUUUUUCGAGGCCCACGGAAAGCUCCUACCGACCGUGUACACGCUUUGGAGUUGCCCGGACCUGGUGCCGGCCUUCACGACCCAACCUACCGUCCUACCGAAGUUGGCCAACGGAGCGGAUCUAAUGAUACCGGGGAUUGUGAAGCAAGGCACAAGCCGAGCUUCCUGGGGCCGCCAUCAAAAGGAUGAUAUAGUGGCGGUCAAUUUGACAUCGAACAGGGCGGCCGUUGGGGUGGGACUGCUGGCACACUCGAGCGACGAUUUGUACAUGUGCGGUGGCCAUGGCGUGUGCGUGAAAAUGAUGCACGUAUUUGGCGAUAAGCUGUGGGGGAUGGAACCUUCCGUUUGCCAGCAGGUACCCUUGCAGGGGUCCGUUGUAAACGUUCCGUCCGAGUCCGAUUUUCCUCCGCUUGGCAGUGAAAAGGUUAAGCCAGCUAAUGAAGCGCCAAUAAAACAGGUUACAAAAGCUCUUGAAAACAGCGUUAUAAGCUCGGACAAGAAUCCAGAAAGUGAUGGUGAAAUAUCAUCCGACGAAGCCAGCGAGGAACAAGCCGAGGAAGAAAAACCUCCCAAUCCAGAUGAUCUUAUUAAAUCAGCGUUUCUCAAUGUAUUAAAACUGCACGGUAAAAAGAUUCAGCUCCCGAUGUUGGCCAGCACCUUCUAUCCCCAAUACGUGCAACCGGAGAUUCCGGAAGGGAUUGAGAUGAAAAAAAGCUCUUACAAGAAGGUUGGUACUUUCUUCAAGCGAAUGGUCGAGGAAGGAUUGCUCGAAAUGAAGGAGGAAAAGAAAGGAAUCGAAAAAGUAACCGCACUAAACCUCGAGCAUCCAGCCGUACUGUCCUUUUAUCCCUAUAAAAUAACGAAAGCGACGGAUCAGGAUUCCGGUGCCGGUGCGGUGGCUUCCGGUGCUUCCAAUCCGCUGCUGCUAACCAAAAUGACGGCCCUGUAUGCCGUCAACGAGCGUACGAGUAAACUUUUUGGUUGUUUCAAUGUAGCCGUCGGGCAGUCGCUCGAUCCGACGCAGAUUCGAAAUUAUAUGCGUGAUUACGUGGGACGCAACAAGCUCAUCGAUCCGGGCACCAAACUGGUCACGUUAGAUGACACCCUGAAGGAAAUAUGUGGCAAUGAUGACCUCGUGUCGCUGCCGGACCUAUCGGAAACGGUGCUGAACAGCAUGACAAGCACGUUCGAAAUGCGUAGUCAAAAAGGUCCAGUUAUGAAGGGUGGUAAACGUGCGAUUAUCCAUCUUACAACGGCCACUCGCAGUGGCAAUAAGAAGGUUACGCUAAUCAGCAAUCUCGCCGACUAUGGUAUCAAUGUGAGCGAAUUCGCAAAGACGGUGAAGUUGGGAGCGGCCGCCAGUACGACGAUGACGGAAGUUCCUGGUUCGAAGGGAGAACAGUUGCUGGUGCAGGGUAAUCAUAUAAAGUUUGUGUUCGAGCUCCUGACCACGACUUACCAGGUUCCGAAAGCGUGCAUUACGGGGCUAGAGUUUGCUAAGGAACAGAAGAAAAAAAAGAAAAAGUAAAGUGUUGAAAAACCUCAUCGGACACGAAAUAACGUCAAAGCAACA